CUAGAUGGCAGUAAUGUACCUGUAGGUUCGUUUUUAAAUCACUUGCAAACCCAGCAGAAGAAGACCGAAUAUUGUUGGUGUUCGUUUGUUGACUGUUUCCACAUGGGGGACCAAGACGAGAGUGAAAAUGUGGUCAAAGCACAAAAGACUAAAACGCUGCUUGUCCGCCACUUACCGGAGGAUCUCAGCCAGGAUGAGAAGGUUGACCUGCUGAAGUACUUUGGAGCAGAAUCAGUCAGAGUCCACAGGGGUUCUAUGAAACAUAAAGCCUUGGCAACAUUUAAAAGUGAGAAGUCUGCAUCGAAUGCUCUAACCAGACUCCACCAGUUAGAGAUCCUUGGUCACACACUCGUUGUCGAGUUUGCAAAAGGUCAGGAUAAUUUGACAGUAUUGAAAGAUCCACCGGUGUCAGACAGUGGAAAAAGUAGUAAAGAAGUGAAGAGGAAACAGGAGACACCUCAAUCAAACACUCCUGUCAUAGAGACCGGCGUCGCGCCAAGUCUUGGGUAAAACGACAUCUCCAAUCCCACAUUGAAAUAUUUAUACCCACCUCCUUCUAACAGCAUUCUGGCAAACAUAACACACGCUCUCAUGAGUGUGCCAAAGUUUUAUGUCCAGGUACUUCAUCUGAUGAAUAAGAUGAAUUUACCGUGUCCGUUUGGUCCAGUCACUGCCAGACCCCCGAUGUUUCACCUCCUACCUCCCGCACCACCGAUCCCUAUGCCACCUCCCUUCCCUCCUGACUACCCUCCUUUACCGGAGGAGGAGAUGGAGCUCUCGAGCGAGAAAGAGUCCGAGUACGAGAGCGAAGACGACGAAGACAAGGAGAGGAUUGCUCGUCUGAUGGGCCUGGUCAACCAAGCAUGCAAAAGACCCAUGAGACCGAAGACAGUUUCAAAGAGAAAGAAGCCCAAGAUCAAGGAUCUUCUCUUUGCUCCCAAGUCAGACUCUCAGAGCGCUCCUGUGCUGCAGCCCUGUGAUGUGUUCGAGCAGCCCCACCCUGCUGGACCGAAGAAAAUUGAAUUCCACAUUUCUGUUCCAGAGGCAACGUCUACGGUGGAGAGAAGUGGACCGGGUCAAGAGGAAUCAGCAGAUGGGGUGCAGGAAGCGGACGAGCCACGGGUUGCUGUUGCUGAUGCUGAUGCCGACGAGACGGAGCUCUCCGAAGGGUUUGGGAAACUCUACCCCAGCAACCAAGGGGGCAAACAGGAGGAGGAGCUCAGUGACGAUGAACUGGAUCUCACGUCGGGUGUCAUCUCCAGAAAGGAGCUGGAGAAAGGAAGGCUCUCGAGAGACGAGAUGAAAAAGAUGUCUGUAUUUAAGAACUACGAAUCCGGUGAGCCCACCUGCAGACUCUAUGUGAAGAAUAUUCCGAAGCAAGUGGAGGAAAGAGAUUUAAAGUACAUCUACGGCAGAUACGUCGACCUUUCAUCCGAAAUGGAACGAAACAUGUUCGACGUUGUGCUAAUGAAGGAGGGGCGGAUGAAAGGACAAGCCUUCGUGGGACUCCCCAGUGAGAGCAGCGCAGAGAAAGCCCUGCGGGAAACCAACGGCUACAUUCUUCACGACAAACCCCUCGUGGUUCAAUUUGCCAGAUCGGCACGACCAAAAGACAACGCCGAUACGAAGAGAGGCCCCAAGCACCGAUGAGUUUAGCAAGAUACCAAGGCUUGAUAUUCUGAUCCAGCAGAACCAUGCGUAUCCUUAUUUUGGUAUAUCCUUUGAAACAAUAAAGGACAUUUGGGAAGUUUCAGAGUAGUUAACUGUGGCACAAAUGCAUUUCAGACACCAAUAUUUAUUGUCUUAGUUUAAGAAGACUCAGCCCUCUUUUUUUUUUUUUUUUUUUUUUUACCAAGAUC